AUGCGCAAUCAUUGGCCCCUCCUUUUGGUGUUGAUCGGGAGUGCUUACGCGCAAGAGGAUGGUGGUGGAUAUGGAAGUCCACCCAAAUCAACCAAAUCUUCAGGGGGCUACGACGCAGCUCCUCCAGCAUAUUCAGCCCCUCCUCCAGUAUACUCAGUCCCUCCUCCAGUGUAUUCAGCAUCUCCUCCAACACACGAAGCACCUCCUCCCACAUAUGGCGCACCUCUUCCGGGCACAAUCACCUUGACUUCGACUAAGACAGUUACAUUGUCCGAGUACUGCGCCGUACCACCUCCGGUAACCGUAACCCAUGUGAAGAAUGUUACAACCACGAAGACUAUCACCUCUUCUGAGUAUUGCGCGAUACCGUCGCCAGUAACCGUGACUCGGAUAAAGAACAUCACGACAACCAAGACCGAACGGGAGACCAUCACGAAGCCUGGGUUCAAUGUCACAGAGACCAAGACAACCACCCAACAUACAACCAAGCCCGGCGCGAAUAUUACACAGUCUUACACUACCACGGAGUAUAUUACUGGCCCUAUAACAACUGUCAACAACACUAUUACAGAAGUCACUACCAAGUCUGCAGUGCCUGGAACAACCUCGGUAUCUACUCAGACAGUUGUAUCGCGAAUUUCGGAAACGAUUACUAUCACCGACUACAUCUCGGUCAUACAGACGAUCCCAGGCCCCACGGUUUCGAUUCCCGGCCCAACAGAGACUGCCACGCAAAUUGUGACCUCUGAUCGAACUGUUGAGCUCAGCAUCCCAGGACCGACUCAAAACAUCACGAUACCCGGCCCGACCCAGGAAAUUACUAUUCCAGGUCCGACUCAAGAGAUCACCGUUCCAGGACCGACACAAGAAAUAACCAUCCCGGGGCCGACUCAAGAGAUUACGGUACCUGGCCCCACUCAGGAAAUAACUAUCCCGGGCCCGAUUCAAGAAGUCACGAUUCCCAAUCCCACUCAGGAGAUUACUAUACCUGGUCCAACUCAAGAGGUGACUGUGCCCGGCCCAACCCAAGAAGUCACUAUCCCAGGCCCAACCCAGACAAUCGAAACGACUGAAACCCAAUUCCAGACCUUGACACAAGUGGAGACCCAGUUCACGACAUUGACUUUGCCGCCUCAGGUCAUCAUUAGUAAUGCUACGAUAACUUCGUCAGUAUCUCACACACAAACAUUCCGAGACUUUACCAGCGGUCCAAUUGUACCAGCACUUGACUCUCUCCGGAGGUCUUUCAAUAGUGACAAUCACCCAACCAGCGACUACCGUCUUUUCCACAAGAACAAUACCUGCAGUAACCUCGACUAUCGUAACUCAAUUGCCCGGAAGUGCCUCAACGAGUACACUUCUAUCGCUUAUCACAUUACCAGCUUCUACAAUCUCGAGCACAGUCCUUAUACCUGGCGCUACAUCGCUUCUGACUACAACUCUACCCGCAACAACUACGAUAUCAACUGUGUUCGUUACCCGGUCUAUCGUUACUACGUUAGUGUUGCCGACUACUGUGGUGCCAACAUCCGCUCCCAUCUCAUCUUCCACUCCUCCCGCAUCUGUAUCCUGCGCGAGUGA